UCAACGGUCGCUGACAGCCGACGAUGCGCAAAACGAGUGGGUGGAGUACGUUGGUGGUCCGGUGUCAUCGAACGAAGAGCGAGUAGAUCGAACGGCGACGUUUUAUUCUUGUCUGUCUCGAAGAAAACGUAAUAAAUACCCUGUGUAGGUACCUUACACUCUUCAAAUGCGUUAAUGGCCUGUGUGAUUGUGUAUCGUACCGGUGUGAACAUACAGAACAAAUCCAAGUAAUACAAGAAUCUUCAGAAGGAAUGGCUACUACGUCGAACGUGGAGAACCUGUCGCCACAGACGAUCCGUCAGGUGGCGCGCGAGCUCGCCGGCCUGCAGACGUCGCCACCCGAGGGCAUCAAAGUGCUCUUCAACGAGCAGGACGUCACUCAGGUGGAGGCGCUCAUCGACGGACCCGCCGGGACGCCGUACGCGGGCGGCGUGUUCCGGGUGAAGCUGGCGCUCAGUCGCGACUUUCCCCGUUCGCCGCCGAAGGGGUUCUUCAUCACGCGCAUCUUCCACCCGAAUGUGGCGGUCAGCGGCGAGAUCUGCGUCAACACGCUGAAGAAGGACUGGAAGGCGGACCUGGGCAUCAAGCACCUGCUCCUGACUAUCAAAUGUCUGCUGAUUGUGCCCAACCCCGAGUCGGCGCUGAACGAGGAGGCGGGCAAGAUGCUGCUGGAGCGCUACGACGACUACUGCCAGAGGGCGCGCAUGAUGACCGAGAUCCACGCCCAGGUGGCGCGUGGCAGCAAGGCGGCGGAGGAGGGCGAGCCGACGGCCAAGAAGCACGCGGCGGAGCGGCCGCCGGCGACCGGCGACAAGCGGCGCCUCAAGGACAAGACGAGGCGCACCCUGAAGCGGCUCUGAGCGGCGUCGUCCGGAGAGGCCGGUGCCGCGCCGAAGGGCGCCGGCGGCAGCCGCCGGCGCCGCCCGUACAAAGUGGUGGCCCGAGCGCCGGGGGAGGGGAGGAAGGUGGGGCGCCGGGUGUCUCAGACGCGCUGCGGACUGGCGGAUUUCGCGCCAGCAUUCUGGGGCGCUUCGGCCGAUUGGUGUCGUUUUACAGGUCACCGGGCGGCGGCGGGCGCGCCUGUUUGGCUGUACCCCAGGCAAUAUUGAGCGCCAGAUUUUGGCGCGAUGACCGCGAGCGAGCGGCGCGAUGGGGCGGUCGCGCGGCGUGCGUGGAGAUCGUGCUGGCUGGAGGCAGCGGCUUGUUUUAGAGCCUGUCGUUACGUGCAGCAUUUCCGUUUUCGUAUUCGCUUGUGUAAUUUCUCACCUCCUCGAAAUCGGGCUCGCGGGUCUGGCCCCCACUGCCAGCUCCGUGUGCCGCGUUUUAACUGGAGCGCUGUUGGUUCGCGACCUUCCAGCCUGCCCUUCAUCCCGGUCAUCUACAAGCCUCGCGCUCGGCGAGCGUGGUCGCGCCGCGCGUUCGUUUUCGAGCGCCGCGGCCGGCGGCGGCUGGCGUCUGGCCGGCGUCGCUGUUCUGGUCGCGCCUGCCGGCAUCCGCAGAGGGAGCGGUAAUACACGUGCGUGUGAGACGU